CAGCGGGACGCUGGGGACAGAUUGUAGUCUGUGGGGUCUAUGGGUGUCGACAUGAUGUCUCCGCCUCUGAGGAAUUUGAAGUGCUUUUCGCCGGUGAUGUGCCAGUGUAAGGUUAUUUGUAGCAACCGAACCCUCUCCCUCAUGUUUGGGUGCAAGAAAUACAGAUAUCAGGAUGAGGAGACCCCCCCCUUGGAGCAUAGUCCUGCCCACCUGGCUCACAGCAAGAGUGCCGAGAUGCUGCACAUGAGCGACAAGAACCUGGCCACCAUGGACGCCAUGCACGGCUAUGCUUCUCACACACACAUAUCUCCCAUCAAGCCGGUGCUGAUGUCGGCUGGACACACCCCUCUGUACACCUCUGCGGUCUCCACGCUGGCAAACUCGCCUCCAGUGGUGGUGAACACAGACACACUGGAUGGCUCUCCCUACGUGAACGGGACGGAAGGGGAGAUUGAAUAUGAGGAGAUUACCUUGGAGAGGGGCAACUCCGGACUGGGCUUCAGUAUUGCAGGAGGCACUGAUAACCCUCAUGUAGGAGAUGACCCCAGUAUCUUCAUCACCAAGAUCAUACCAGGAGGGGCAGCAGCACAAGAUGGACGACUAAGAGUGAAUGACAGCAUUCUGUUUGUGAACGACGUGGACGUGCGGGAGGUGACCCACAGUCAGGCCGUGGAGGCGCUCAAGGAGGCCGGCGCCAUCGUCCGACUCUACGUGCUGCGCCGCAAACCCGUCGCCGAGAAGAUCACCGAGCUCAAACUCAUCAAAGGACCCAAAGGUCUGGGCUUCAGUAUAGCAGGGGGUGUCGGUAAUCAGCACAUCCCUGGAGACAACAGCAUCUACGUGACCAAGAUCAUCGAGGGAGGAGCAGCACAUAAAGAUGGCCGGCUACAGAUAGGAGAUAAGAUACUAGCGGUGAAUAACGUGUGUUUGGAGGACGUAAUGCACGAGGAUGCUGUGGGCGCGCUGAAGAACACUGCAGAGGUGGUCUACCUGAGAGUGGCCAAACCCAACAACCUGUACCUGACCAACACCUACAACCCACCAGACCUCACCAGCACAUAUUCGCCGCACCUGGACUCAGACCUCGGGCAUCCCAACUACUUGGGCUCAGAUUACCCACAAGCCCUCACUCCCACCUCACCCAGCCGCUUCUCUCCCGUCCUGCACGGCCUGCUGGGAGACGAGGACCUUCCUAGAGAGCCGCGGCGUGUGCUGAUCCCGGGCUCCACGGGGCUGGGCUUUAAUAUCGUGGGGGGAGAGGACGGCGAGGGCAUCUUCAUCUCCUUCAUCCUGGCCGGAGGCCCCGCUGACCUUAGUGGAGAGCUGCGCAAGGGAGACCAGAUCCUGAGUGUGAACGGGGUGGACCUGAGGAGCGCCACUCACGAGCAGGCGGCCGCAGCGCUGAAGAACGCCGGACAGACUGUUACCAUCAUCGCCCAGUACAGACCCGAAGAAUACAGCCGGUUUGAGGCGAAGAUCCAUGACCUGCGGGAGCAGCUGAUGAACAGCAGCAUGGGCUCGGGCACCACCACCCUGAGGAGCAACCCCAAAAGAGGCUUCUACAUCAGAGCGCUGUUUGACUAUGAUAAGACGGUGGACUGCGGUUUCCUGAGCCAGGCAAUAGGCUUUAAGUUCGGGGACGUCCUGCACGUGCUGGACUGUGGCGACGAGGAAUGGUGGCAGGCGAGACGCGUCAGCCCGCAGGGAGACGGCGAGGAAGUGGGCUUCAUCCCCAGCAAGAGGAGGGUUGAGAGGAAAGAAUGGUCUCGGUUCAAGUCAAAAGAAAGGGAUCGGAGUCGAGACAGUAUAGGAUCACAAGGGAGAGAAGAAACAGGGCACAGUUAUGAAACCAUCACACAAGUUGAAGUGCACUAUGCGCGGCCCAUCAUUAUUUUGGGUCCAGUAAAAGACAGGGUAAACGAUGACCUGCUGUCUGAGUUCCCCGACAAGUUUGGCUCCUGCGUGCCUCAUACAACACGACCGAAGCGGGAGUACGAGGUGGACGGCAGAGACUACCACUUUGUGUCGUCACGGGAACAGAUGGAGAAGGACAUCCAGAGUCAUCGUUUCAUUGAGGCGGGACAGUACAACAGCCAUCUCUACGGCACCAGUGUGCAGAGCGUCAGAGAAGUGGCUGAGCAGCAGGGUAAGCACUGUAUCCUGGAUGUGUCAGCCAACGCUGUCCGCAGACUGCAGGCGGCACAGCUCCAUCCCAUAGCCAUCUUCGUCCGGCCCAAGUCGCUGGAGAACGUCCUAGAGCUCAACCCACGGCUAACUGAGGAGCAGGCGCGGAAAGGCAUGGACCGCGCUGUCAAGCUCGAGCAGGACUUCCUGGAGUGCUUCUCUGCUGUUGUGGAGGGCGACCGCUUCGAGGAGGUCUACCACCAAGUGAAAACAGUGAUCGAGGAACAGUCUGGGCCUUACAUCUGGAUCGCGACCAGGGAGAGGCUCUGAGCCUCGGCCCCGAUUCCAGCUCUCCAAUGCAGUCACCAUUCAGCCUAGCCGCCCCUCACCAUGGAGCUCAUGCCUAUAGCGGAACGGAAGAAGAGAGAGAGAAAGAGAGCAGAGAGAGAGAGAGAGAGAGAGAGAGAGAGAGAGACUGUUCUCUUCUCUUGUAUGCGUUUUCAUUACUCAGUCUCCACAUACGAGAAGGGAUGUUCCACAAUAGGGAAGACAGAAAGCGAGAGAGAGAGAGAGAGAGAGAGAGAGAGAGAGAGAGAGAGAGAGGGGAAAGCACAGGUGCUCAAACAAACACCCAGCCUUUUCUUCUUUCCAUCUCUCCUUCCCUCUCUCCACCAUCAUCCCCUCUCUCUCUCUCCCUUUAUCCUUUUCUCUCCAUCUCUCUCUCUCUCCCACUCUGGUGUUCACUGUCUCUCUCUCUCUCUCUCUCUCUCUCUCUCUCCUGGUCAGUCAGCCCGGUGUGCUCAGUAAAGCGAGGGGGCAAUGAUAACAAGACUGAGCCGAGACCGAGCGCAGCGGAGAUGCGAAAUAUAAUCCUUGCUCCCCUUUUUGUAUUCCGCCCAGCUCCCUCUUCCUCACUUCAUCUCCUUCUGUGCACUCAGGACAGGAGCGCAACAGUCCAGUCGACUCAGAGGAAGGGGACGAAGAGGAGGAAGAGGAAGAGGAGAGAGGCAGCACUGACUGUGGGCUGACGGACAGAUGAGCGAAAUUUGAAAUCAGUCGGGCUCAUUUUACAAUAAGACAAAGCAAAGAGUUCCUGAACAAUGAAAGUAUAUUUAUUAAUAACAAUAAUAAUAUGAGAAAUAUCAAAGGUACUAUGACUUUAAAAUGACUUUUAUUCACUUUCAGUCACCCAUCGAAUGGAUUUAUUUGUUUGUUUCUAACAUCUUGUUUUGUUAUUGUUUCUUUAUUUUUUUGGAAAAGUGAAAUGGAAAAAAAAAACCAUGAAAUAGUUAAUGUGCAUGCCUCUUGUCAGAUAUCUAAGAUGGAACCACUGGAGACAUGAGAGGAGGAUAUGAGAAGAGAAGACCGAGGAAAAGAACAGAAGGAGGUGGAGUGGGUUGGUUGUCAUCCUCCUUCUUUUGGCUCUGAGACAGCACAAGCUUCAGACAGGAAGAAGAAAAAGAAGGGAGGGAUGGAGGGAUGGAGGGAUGGAGGGAGACAGAUGGACGUGACAGAAGAGACGAGAAGUGAGCAGAUGAGACUGGCUGCUGUUGUGCGUCGUCGUUGUCUUUCUUUUGCACAGGGUGAAAUGGUACACAUUUGGGUUUCUUUCUGUUGUUUUUUGUUGUGUUGUUUUUCUUUAUUAACACCCACAUGCACACAUACAUACACAAACACUCACACACACACACACACACACACUUGCACACAUUGCACAUACAAACACACACACACACACACACACUCUCACACACACACACACACACACACACACACACACACACACACACUUGCACACACAUAGAGAAAGAUAGAGAAUUGGAAGCCAAAAGCCUAACGCCAGAGUCACGCGUCUCCAAGCACAGCAUCAAACCUCUCCCUAAUAGCGGCUGGCUGUGGGCAGCUCCGGCCCUAAUGUGGCCCAGGUCCAGUGUUGCGUUUGGGCCUGGACAGGACUGGUCCCCAGUGAGCCGCCAUUACGACACACACACACACACACACACAUACACACACACACACACACACACACACACACACACACACACACACACACACACACAUAUGCCUCCUCCUCCUCCUCAGUCUAAGGCUCUGUACUUGUUACUCCAGCGUUGCCCACUGCUACUGUGCAGAGGAGCCACUGUGACCUCUGACCCGAGGUCAGAAUCAUCCAGCUGUAUUUUGCCUCGUCACCUUAAACGCACUGAGGACCUUUUAAACACGUAUAUACCCCUUCAGCAGAGGCGCCGUUCCCAAAUGGACUUACAGCACGCUACAGUCGGGUAAACAUCUGGCCAGUGGCUGUGUUUACGGGGCCUUGGUCACUCACCGAGUCUGAGGACUGGAGAUGGAUGCAGCUUUGCCCGUGGUUUUUUUCCCUCGCUGCACAUGUUUAGAGGCUUUAGAUUUCUGCACCUCUAAUGAAUGAGAUUAAAGUACACAGUGGAUUUGGAGGUACCGCUGAGAAACACUCUUCAAAACCACGGCUCCCCUGAGCCUGUGUGUGUGUGUGUGUGUGUGUGUGUGUGUGUGUGUGUUUGUUUACUGUGUGUUUGCGCAUGUACGAUCUGUGUAAUGUAUUUGAGUAUGUGUGUGUCAGUUUUGAGAGUUGCCUGUUAAGUCAGAGCUGCUUACUUUUUAUUGAUUUGCCUACACUAUCUUCUUUUCUCCCUCUUUCAUCAACUCGGUCUUUUCCACUUCCUCUCUUUCUCUAUUUCUCUCUCACACACACACACACACACCACUCUCUCUCACACACACACAUACACACACACACACACACACCUUCUCAACCAACUUUCUCAUCCAUUUCUUAACCACACGCAAGCCUUCCCAGAGAAUUUAGAAAGACAAGCCCAUUUUAGAGGAGCACAUCUCCGAACGUAAUUUUUUUUGUCUUUUUACAGCCAUAAAUACUGGAUGUAAACACAGUGUUAUGGCAUUUUAUGAAAUAUACAUACACACAAGCACUCUCUCUCUCUCUCACAUACACACAUACAUACUAUACAACCACAAACACCCAUGCAAUCAUAAUGGUGGUCUCUUCCUAUUAAAUCUCCAUAGUGCAGUAUGCCUCAUAUUGCUUCAGUGAAGAGAGAGUCUGUGCUUAAGGGAAACCGGGAGGAGUGUAACACCCCCUUCCCCCUCUUUUAGACUGCCCAGUUCCACUGGUAGCCAUUUCACAUUCUGAGCCAUGCCUUUCCACUGUAGCCCCGGCCUGUGAGAGAAGAACCCAUCGGACGAAGGAGAGAGGGAGAGAGAAAGAAAGAGGGAGAGAGAGAAAGGGGAGGAAGCUGCCGCCACCAGCUCUUCCUGUAACUGUGAAGUUUUAUACAAUAGUCUAACUGUGAGAGGGGUGCCAUGCACCAGAUCCCAUCCAGAUUAUGUGGAGAAAUAGGCACCUCAUUUACACAGAUACUAGAAUGGGUUAGUGAAUGAGUGUUUCGCUAUGUGUGUGUGUGUGUGUGUGUGUGUGUGUGUGUGUGUGUGUGUGUGUGUGUGUGUGUGUGUGUGUGGCAAGGCAGGCGUGACUUUCUUAUUGCAUUACGAGGACAAACAUUUUUGCACUGAAACAAAUUUAACAAUACAGGUUAACGAGAAUGACAAUUUAUUUAUGAAAGGAAUGGGUAAAAUAGACACAUCAGUACCUGUUUUACUUUGCAUUGUAUUUUUUUUAUUAUUAUUAUUAUUAUUAUUUGAUAUGAAACGUGUCAAGAGUACAGUGAUGGUCCACAGUGACAGUUAUUAUUUAUAAACAUUCUUUGAUAUGUUGACGUUUACCUUCAAUAACUGGGUGAAAUGGUGGAAAUGCUUAUUUAUUUGUUUAUUAAUUUAUUUAUUUUAUGGAUGCAGUUUUCAAUUUUGUGUAUAUUUUUAUACAUGUGGAUUGUAAAAGACUGGGAGAAUGCAUUGCUGCGAUUCUACCAUUGUGACUUUGCUAAGCUAAGGGGCUUUGACUAAUAUACGUAUGAAUGCACUUGGUGAAUAUCUAUAAAGAAUUAUUCAAUUGUUUGGAUCCUCAAACCAUAUAACUGAGCACACACACACACACACACACACACACACACACACACACACACACACACACACACACACACACACACACACACAAAGAUACACACAUAAAGUGUUUCUGGCCACAGUAGAUUUGAUUGCAAACACAUAUGAAAGUAUUACCUGUACUGUGUUGAGUUGAGUGUUGAGUCCCACCUCACCCACAACAACACACAGUCUUACAAACACAUACAUGUUCACUUCUGAAAAUGAGUUAUUAUUUUUCUUUAAGCCAAAUGUAUUUGAUCUCUGUUUGUAUCCACCAUAUCAUAUGAUAUUCCUAAAUGAACAAAGUGUACUGAUUUUUAUUUAAACAAAGGAAAGAUGAUCUUACACAACAAAAUCAACUGAUGCAGAAAGUAUAUUUAAAAUGAUUUAUCUUGCAAGAGAGAUUUAAAAUGAUAUUAUCAAAAUAAUAAAAAAUUGUUUAAUUUCA